UACAAAUGAAUGCUAAAAUUCGAAUUGAAUUUCUAGACGAGGGGAUUUGGUUACAUUGCCUACACUGUGAGUGCAUAUGAGAGAAUGGAGAACACAAAUUGGUGGGAGCAAUUCAACUAAAAAAAGAUAUAUAUUUAUAUAUAGUAAUAUGGCUGUCAACAUAAACGCAUUAAUCUAUGCGAUUAAUGUGUCCCAAUAAAUGCAACAAAAUAUUUUAACAUAGUUAUUUACAUUUGUUUACCGUGGAAACAAAAUGGCCGCUAUCUGCAGUCAGUUACAUCAAGAUGAAGAGAGCUUUUGCAUUAGAAGUGAAACAAACAGAGGCGUGACAUACAGCAGAGACCUGUGCAGAGGAAUACCGCUACGUGUGAAACAGAAGGGGGGUGAGGGGCAAACGGGCCACUUAAAACACUGCUAUGCUAAGCUAGCUGCUAGGCUAGAAAUUGUUGACACUUCAAACCCAGCCUUUAAAUUAUAUUUUACAGACAAAACCCAAAAGACUAUGAUGACUUAUUUGCGUUGUUGCCAUCUGCUAGGAUCUAAAACACAAAUUGUUAAAGAAAAACGGAAAGUGUGAAACGACAACAUCAUUUUGAAGUGUACGCAUGCAUCUAAAUGUGUGUGCGUGUGUAUGUAAAUGGAUGCUAUUUUUCACUGUUGGUUUGCGUUUGCUAGAAUGUGAAUGUCCCACGGAGAAUUGCUUACAGACAAACAGGUCUUUGACUGAGGAAGAAGGGAGCUUUGUAAGACACAAGCAUUGGAACGAUUCAAUACAGCCCGAGUGUGUGUGUGUGUGUGUGUGUGUGUGUGUGUAAGAGAAAAAGAGGUUAUGUGUGUCUCUCUGAGAGACAGUGUGUAUGUCAACGUGGAAGAGAUUGUGUCUGUGUGAAGGAUUGUUCCAAACAGUGAGUGGCCCGACUGUGUAAAUGUAUAUGCGUAUGUAGUAGUGUGUGUGUGUGUGUGUGUGAGAGACUGACUUAAAGAGGGAUAACAGUGCAAGUGUUUGGUAUUUCUAUCCACGUUUCAGUCUGAUAUCAACAGAAAUCUGCAUUCUGUAUGUGUGUGUGUGUGUGUGAUAGUGUUUUGUGUCGUUUAUUUUGCCGAUGUUGUCAAAAUGGAUGCAAGGCAGCUGUUAAACACUGCAGAACUUCGCAUGGCUCAAAUUCACACGGCCACACUCCGUUGCUGAAGGAGAAGCAUCGUUGCUAUUGUUGCAUCUCUGGUCUCCUCCUUCCUUCCUUCUUCCUCCUCCUCCUCCUCCUCCUCUCCCCUCCCUUCACUCAUCCAUCCCUCCGUCCAACCCCUCUCUGAUCUCCGCACACCGAUUUUCUUAUCGCCUCCUCCGGCACGAUGACCAACGAUUCCCCGGAGGAGACUCGAGCUCCGGGCGGCGGCGGCGGCGGCGGCGGCGGAGGAGGAGGUGGAGGAGGAUCCGGUGGAAAGGGAAACACGCGAAGGAACCGAGCAGACGACAAUGUCACCAUGCUGACAUCCUCCAUGGAUCUACAGAGAGCCAGCCGGAGCCGAGCCAGCAGCAGCAACGACGCCGCGCCGAGCAUCACCUCCUCUCUGGAGCUCAGCAUCCAGACGCGGAUCUUUAAGAUCAUCGUCAUCGGGGACUCAAACGUGGGGAAGACCUGCCUCACCUUCCGCUUCACCGGGGGGAGCUUCCCCGACAAGACCGAGGCCACCAUCGGGGUGGAUUUCCGGGAGAAGGCGGUGGAGCUCGAAGGAGAGACCAUCAAGGUGCAGGUUUGGGACACAGCAGGGCAGGAGCGUUUUCGUAAAUCCAUGGUGGAACACUACUACCGCAACGUCCACGCGGUGGUUUUUGUGUAUGACGUCACCAAGAUGACUUCCUUUCGCAACCUGCAGACGUGGAUAGAGGAGUGCAAUGGCCAUCGGGUCUCAGCAUCAGUUCCCCGAGUCCUGGUUGGGAACAAGUGUGACCUUGUGGACCAAAUACAGGUGCCCUCCAACGUGGCGCUGAAGUUCGCCGACUCCCACAACAUGCUGCUGUUCGAGACGUCGGCCAAGGAUCCGAGGGAGAGUCAGAACGUCGACUCCAUCUUCAUGUCCCUGGCGUGCCGCCUCAAGGCCCAGAAGUCCCUGCUCUACAGAGACGUGGAGAGGGAGGACGGGAGGGUGCGGCUCACACAAGAGACUGAAACAAAGAGCAGUUGCCCUUGCUGAGGGGAGAAAAGGAGGAGUGCGAGGCAUAAUGGAGUGAGAG